UAAUUAUAUUGGGUUUUGUAGGAUACGUCAACUGAGUUAAUGUUAAGGAAAUUUUAAUACAUUUUAGAUAUUCUUCUGUGGCUGAGAUUUAAAAUUAAGUGGUUAAGUUUUAAAAUAACAAGCAAUCAACAUGUUUACCGACACAAAGACUUCAAUACUGUCACUUCUGUUGAUCACAGCUAGUUUGUUAUUUAUUGAAUCUGCAGAUUUGUCGGACCUAAAUAUAACACGGGGUUGUUUUCGCUGUCUUUGUCACGUAUAUACUUAUUGUACAAUAUCCAAUGAGUGCGGCGAGGAAUAUUGUGGACCGUUCCACAUAUCAAAGUCUUACUGGAUAGAAGCUGGUAAUAUAACCUUAGAAGGGGACGAUCCUGACAGAAAAAACGCUUGGAAGGAUUGCGCUAAUGACUACUUCUGCGCUCAGGACAUAAUGAAAGGCUAUCUUCAAAAGUUUUCAAAGGACUGCAAUAGUGAUGGCAUGAUCAAUUGCUAUGACAUCUUGACGAUUAAUAGUAACGGCGGAGACUGCAGGCCGCUAAAUCAGUCUUUGAGUGGACGCGUGUGGCUCAAACGUUACGAGGAAUGUCGUGUAGCCAGAAUUCUGGCUUGAUAAUUAUUAUAAUGUUUAAUGUAUUCGAUAUUUUUUAAUAUAUUACAAAUAAAAAUAUUAAUA